AUGGCCACUCUCUCUGCUUUAGUUCUAGCCGCUAUCGUGACCGUGGCUCAAGCCCAGUCCCUCACCGUCGUCAACUCUUGCACCGAAUCUGUUUUAUUGAAUACAGGCACCAGCUUUGGCACUAUCGACAACAAUGUCAACGUUGCUGCAGGCCAGAGUGCAAACCUAGGCAUCAGCUCCAACUGGGACGGCGCUAUCAACGUCGGUACCGGAUGCAGCAGCGACGGUUCUACCUGUACUACUGGUGGCCCUACCUGGGACGGUAACACUCCCUUCAGUAGAGCCGAAUUCAAUUUUUACGCAAUCCCCGGAAGCGUGACAUAUGAUAUCUCGCUCAUCUAUGGAUAUAACGUUGGAAUGAAGAUUUCCUCCUCUGAUGCGAGCUGCGAUGCCUUUGCUUGCACGAUCUCAUCUGGCUGUCCCGUUCCUGGACCUGGAACAGACACGUGCUACUCUCCGUGCUGCUCCUCUGCGAGCGCGUGCAGCGGUGGCGCCCUUCCUGCUAGUGGAGGAGGCUGCACUAACAACGAGGGCCCUGGCCCCAACAGUGCUUUCUACUAUGACACUUGUUAUAAUGCCUAUGCAUUCCCUGACAAUGACGGCUCGAAUGGCUAUACUCCUGCUGACUAUGUCGUAUAUACUUGCGGCAACACCGAUAUCACUCUUACUCUGUGCCCUGGCACAACUUCUGACUACACCUAG